GGACGUGAUGCUAAGUUUGAGUGCUGUCUUUGUAUCCCUGGCUUUUCUCUGCGCCCGGUGCACCGAUGCCCGGCCAGAGACCAGCAUGGAAUACUCUCACUCCGUGUUCCUAGACGAAGAUGAGAAAUAUCAGCUGAACUGGGAGGUGUUUGAUGAACGUGUGACGUUUGAAGUGAUUGUUGAGACGACAGGUUAUGUUGGCCUUGGUUGGUCAGCGAAGGGAGGUAUGAUGGACGCAGAUAUCAUCACGGCAUGGGUUGACAGCCAGGGGCAGGGAUAUAUUCAGGAUCGGUUCGGCGUGGGUUUCAUGAAACCAGACGAAGACACUGUCAGUGAUAUCUUCCUAGAGAUGGCGAUGGAGAUGAGUGGAUUCACCAUCAUUAGGUUCUCUAGACAGCUGGAUACAUGUGACAAAGAGCACGACAGACCCAUCACGACGGGCACUAUGAGGGUUAUCUGGUCCUACGGUGAAUCGGAUCCAGCAAGCCCUGCUGGUCUCUACUACCAUUCGACCAACCGUGGUGUCAAGACCUUAAGGCUGGCAGGAGGCCCUGCAGAACCGGAUACAGUCCUGCCAUCGGAUGCAAAGACUAUCGUCAUCACUGUUGACAACUUCAACGUACCCGUCGUCGACACAUUUUACGAAUGCAGGAUCAUAGAAUUGCCGAAGUUGGACACAAAGCAUCACGUGAUCAAGGACGAGCCAAUCAUCACACCCGGUAACGAGGGCGUCGUCCAUCACAUGAUAGUUUAUCCCUGUUCUGCGUCAUUCAAACCUGAUAACACCAGCAUCGGCGGACAGUCCGUGGCUUGUGAGGAAACCAUGUUGCAAGAAUGCACUAGUGCUGUCUUCCUAUGGGCAGUUGGAGCAGGUGCAACUAACUUCCCCGAACAUGUCGGUUACCCCCUGGGUGGCCCAGAUGAAUCGAAAUAUGCCAGGCUAGAGAUCCACUACGACAAUCCAGAGUUGAGGUCAGAUAUAUUUGACAAUUCCGGUAUGCGGCUGACCUACACUGCGCAGCUACGACCACAUGACAUGGGUGUUCUCACGGUUGGCAAAAUAGUCUCUCUGUCCCACGUGAUCCCCCCGCAGCAAGAGGCAUUCAUCUCAAACACAAAGUGCAAUGAAAAGUGUUUUAACGCAGCGUUCGAAAGUGAUGGUGUAGAUGAGAUUAAUGUGUUUGGUGCUGCACCUCAUACGCAUUUGGCGGGGCGAGCUAUUGUCACGCGCCACAUCAGGAACGGGGUGGAGCUUCCCUACAUCGUCAAAGACGACACUUACGACUUCAACUACCAGGCUUCUGUGAAUCUUGAGCCAGAGGCUGUCAUUCGCAGGACGGACUCGGUAACCGUGGAAUGCACAUACGGUACAAUGGACCAAAACGAGGCGAUUUUUGGAGGACUGGGCACACGAGAUGAGAUGUGCAUAUCUUUCCUCUACUACUAUCCGAGGAUAUCACUGUCGAACUGUUUGAGCAAACUGACCGAUCAGAAUUUGGAAGAACUGUUUACUGAGUAUCAUACUGUCACAGACCCGAAGUACGACUGGUCAAGUUUAGAUGCAGAAGGUUACUCCGACCUCAUGAGGAAUAACGUGUCUUGGAAGGAUGCUGCAGGUCGACUUCAGGAGAUCGAGAUGGCAUCAAACUAUGAUCAAUUCUGUGGUUCAGGAAAGAAGUACCAAUACCAUCCAAGCGAACCGGCCAUUACUAUUAACGUGCCGUACAAGCCUGCACCUUCCCCAUGUGACCUGGACUGA